AUGUGUGCAUGCGAGCGCACUGGGUCUGCCCUAUUGCCGUGUGCCGUGUCCACAAUUGGCUGCCAGCGGCCUCUUAUAAAAGGACCACAUUCUCCUGUCACCAACACCUCUGCCUUGCUCUCUCUCUCUCUCUCUCUCACACUCUCACUUUCUCUCUUUCUUUCUCUCUUUCUCACUCUCUCUCUCUCUCUCUCUCAAACCCAAGACACAAUGGCACUCCUACUUAUCCUUGCAUUGCAAGCUCUUCUUGUCUUCCCUCUCUCCGAGGCUGGAAGCUGCUUCCGAAUUCGCCUUCCCAAUGGCCGUUGUCAUGAGUUGAUCCAACGCAACUACAUAACGCGCUCUGAGUGCUGCCGUUUGGGUGGGUUCUACGUGGGUGGACACCUCACAGAACCGCAGUUUGUGAGAGACCUCCUCUUGCGGCGCAUUGGCAUCGCAAACUGCCAUUACUCCUGUCAAAGUGCCCUAGACUACUUUUUAGGCUUUCACAAUGAGAGUUGCGCUCGAGUCAACUGUCCGGACGGUUUUAGAUGUGAAAUGCAAAACAAUGAAGCGGUGUGUGCCUGUUCGUCCAUUUGUAUUGUGGAGGAUUUUGAGUCAGGACCGGUGUGUACUACAGACUUUCGACGAUUUCGUAAUCGUUGCUCCUUCUUGAAGGAGCGUUGUCGCAAUUUGGACACCCUCCUCAUGGAAAUGCAAUGUCCUCCUGCUGAGCAUGUUUGUCCGUACAGACAAAAUGUCAGUCACCUUGAGGAGCACGAACACGAGUAUCCUGUGAGAAUUUGUCCACCCCACAAAGUCUGCAUCGUCCGUCAGUACAGUGGAAAGGCGAGUUGUGAAGAUCCCAAUUGGUUGGGUCGAAAACACAUUGAAUCCGCCUUUGAUAGAGUAGCGGUUAGCAAUCUCGACUCCUGUGCCAACAGUCCAUACGGCAGUCCCAUCUGUGGCACCGACAACACCACCUACAACAAUCAGUGUCACCUUCGAAAGGCGAGUAUUCAACGAGGCCUUGAAAUUCGCAUCGCCUACUUGGGACCGUGCAGAGAAAAUGCCACAUGUGAUGAGGUGAGGUGUCAAGACGCCCGCAUGACAUGCGUGCCACAUGUCAGCACAGGUCAACCUGUGUGUUUGGAUUGCACCGAUUUGCCACCCAACUGCAAUCCUCGUGUAUUUGUACGAGUAAAUCCAGCUGAGAUUGCAGAAAUGACAUUGUUUGAAAUGUCUAAGGAGGCAAAACAAAAUUUUGGUGAUCCACGAUGGCACGGUGACGUCUUCACCAAUGACUGGCCUCGAGUGUGUGGAAGUGGACGAAAGUCAUUCCCCAAUGCCUGCUUUCUACACGUCUACAAUUGUAUUGCCAAACGUUUUGUUGACUUUGUCUCAACUGGAUUUUGUCCGGGUUAG